UUUACCUAUGAUGCAAUGUGAAUGACACCGAUGGUUGUUUUUUAGUUUUUCGUGUAAUCCUGACACAAAUUUCUACUUCUAACAACUUCGAGGGGAAAUAAAAAUGUUUUCCCUUUUUUUCAAAUAUCUAAAGUACUGAUAAAACGAUCGUGACCAUAUGUUUAGAGGAUCUUCUCCGGAGCCUCGUUUCCAUGCUGAAGCUAUUUUUUGCGAAAUUUUAAAUUAAGAAAUCUCACACAAAGCUACUCAUUCAGAAGGGUUAUCAUACAAAUUUGAAAACAACUCAUGCAGUAGUAUCAGCUGAUAACACUUAGGUUUUGUCCUUAGGUUUGGUACCGAAAAGUGGUCUGGCCCAUGGACUAUAAGGGCGCACAUGUCGCGAGUAUGCGAUGACAGAAUUUAUGUCCAAUGUUAAUGUAAACAUCGAUCCUGUUAGUGCGACCCCUACCUAACCUUAACGAAAUGUAGGAGUUUUGGAAAGAUCAGUUUCUGACCUUAAAUUGCUAAACAAGCCCCUAUUAAAACGAAAAGAAUUGGGGACAAGAAAUCCCAGUUAAUACCUAAAAUGAGUAAAAGGGAUUUCCUGAAAAAGAAGGCGGAACGAACUACAGAUCAGUCUUGCUGGGCUGAUUUAAUUUCAAAGCGGCGAGAAAUGAAAGCAAGUCAAUUAAAUAUGCCAAACGCAAAUACUUAAGCGAUAACCUUGCUACGAACAAAAAAGAUCCCCGAAAAACUUGGCUGCUAAUUAAUGAGCUGAGCUCUCGUCAACAUAAGAAAGUUAUUGCACAUAUUGAAAUCGAGGAUAUAAAAAUAUGCUCUGUAUCUGAAAAGGCGGAAGUUCGUUAUAUCUCACACAUUGGACAUAACUUGACUGGUAGUGUUUCAGAAAUUUACUUCACUGCAACAAACAAAACUUUCUCCUUUUUAAAGUUGAAGCACUAAUGAAGUCCGAAAACUACUUAAAAAACUAGAAAUCAAGAAUUAAUGCCAUCCAAGGUGGUUACAACAGCGGCAGGUAUUGUGGCACCAUCCCUGGCAUUCUUGUCCCAUCAGUGGACAACGUACCACUCAUUUUGUAGUAAGAUGGAAGACAUUAGUCUCCAUAGCUGAGGUUUAUUUUAACGGAAAUUCACUUUUCUUCAACCCGGGCGUUGCCUAUUUUGGAUCAGGUUUGUUAUCUGUAAGCAAAACACGUAUUUAUUGUGAAAUAUUGGAUCUGGUAAAAACAUGUGGUACAGUCUGGAUGCAAAAUCCUCAUAUCUUCCAUUUUACGAGAGGGCAUGGACAAUAGACAAGAAAUAGCCUGGGUCCAUUUGAAAUAUUUCAUUCCGGGCAUAAAAAAAUUUUUAACCGUAAAUUUAAAACUUCUCGUUCGCUCAUGAGCUAAUUUUUAUGAUCCGCAAGAGAACGGACGCAUAUGUAGUCUGCGGAGCCACAGAUACUUUGACAAUGUUAAAACGCAAUAGGAUAACAGGAGAAGGGGCGCAAUAAAAGCUGGCAUCUAAUUGUUUAUUUCAAUAGCCUUUUUAUCUGUGAGCUCUUCUCAUUUGCAUUAUGAUGUAAACCAACUGGACGCGAGGUAAUUUCGGACAGAAACCACACAAUUGCCAUGAAAAGGGCUAUUCAUGCCCAGCAUGUGAAGUCAUUUUCCAUGCUUGCUAUGAAAAAUCUAUUUUUCACGCCUGGCGCGGCAAAACAUUGUUAUUGUCGGUGUGUGGAGUGUUCUUCAUGCCGGGCACGGGGAAACGCUGUUAAAAACAUGAAUCGUAAGUAUAUUUUCUUUGUAAAUGAAACAAUACCUUAGACAGAGUGGUAGUUCGUGGAAUCGAAUAAUAAUAGAACAAAGCAUUUUAUACUCUUAGUACUCGCAGGUCUUUAAAAGACAGCGAAGAUUAGCAUAGUCAUUAUUUUUCUUUCGGUUAGAGAGCGAGGCAUCCCACAGCGAGUAAGUGGUAAGCGGUUAGCGGUCGCGCUCUUGAAAACUUUGCGCGGAAUGUUAAUCAAGACGGGCUACUCUCUUCUCCAGGCACUUUCAUCAUCCGGCACACCUAGAAUGGUUGGGUUUCAGUACUAGAAUGCACGAACUUACGCCCACCCGUACCUUCAAGAUGCUUUUCGUACUGUCUAUUUUCAUGUGGAACUUUGAAGAAGGCAUCUAUGGAUUACCAGUGUGCGGCUCGGUGGUAGACAACUCUUUGAGAAGUCCUGAAUAUCCGAACAGGUACCCAAGCAGUAUGCAGUGCAAUUAUACGGUUCCUAUUCCACAUGGAAUGGCCCUGAAUAUUUACUUUGACGAUUUCAAAAUGGAAUAUGAAGAUUUUUGCUCGUACGACUACUUGGAGAUUACUGACGAAAAUAGCACAACAGUUGGUGUGUAUUGCGGUGAGCAGACUGGGCGUACCGUUGAUGUUACUGGAAGUCACAUAGUGGUAACAUUCCACUCAGACUUCUGGCAAGAAGAAAGGGGAUACUUGAUUCUUUUCACUUUUGUUUCACUGUCCUGCGGCUCAGUGGCUUUUGACUCGCUGAAAAGUCCUGGAUAUCAAAGCAACUACCCGAGCAGCAUAGACUGUCUUUAUUCGGUUCCUAUCCCACAAGAUUGGCAGUUAAAUGUUUACUUUCACGAUUUCCAACUGCAAGAAGAUAAUUCCUCAUGCAACCAUGACUAUUUAAUGAUUCUGAAUGAGAAGAAGGAAACAUUUGGUGUGUACUGUGGAUUGAAGACUGGAAAAACGGUUUUUGUAUCGGGAAACUACGCAGUGAUAAAAUUCCAUUCAGACGAUAGUGUUGAAGAAAGAGGCUUUCUGAUACUUUUCACCACUGCGCCUGCCAAGCCCAAAGUCAUGCUAUCAUCUCGUGUUGUGCGAACUUUACCUGGCUACAUUAUCUCCACUUGCUCGGCUACUGGAACUCCCCCCGUGUACAUAGCAUUAGUAAGGAACUCUACAACACUAACAAACACGACCAACAAAUAUGUUGAAGAUAUCCAAUCAUUCGAGGAAGGAAAGUACGCUUGCGUGGCCAGCAGCACGUAUGGAACAGACGUCAGAGAGUUUAAAGUCAUUUUCAUAGAUUGCGGAAAUCGGUGUCUUCCUAAAGUUUACAAAAAUGCAAUAUCAAACAUCAUCUACUGCAGCAAUUUCACAUCAUCCAGGGAAGUAAAUUAUUGUGUACCAAAAAUGACGCAUUAUAUGUAUAUCUCUUCAAGCAAUCUUUCAAAUCUUACAGUUGAAGUAUUCUCUAAAUUCUCAAAUCUGGAGACUCUGUGAGUGUAAUUUCUUUGCAAUGGCGGAUCCAGGGGUAAAUAAAUAUAAGAAAAAAUAUGUAUAAUGAAUAACUCAGGUCUUGGGGUAGGGUCCGCGAAGUGUGCCUCUCCCCUCCACCCCUGCCCUCGUUCAUUCCAAAAGGAAUGGAACGAAAAUACUUCUUCAGAAACAGAGCCACAAUCCCAGACAAAAAAGUUGGGACACCAAGCAAGUUCUCCCCUCCCCCCACUUACAAUGUUGAUAAUCAGGAGAUUUUUUCCUUUUUGUUGAAAAAAAACCGCAACGUUUUUCGACAUUGAUUAGGGGGGAUUGGGGAUAGGUGAUCUAGCUCAACUGUCCCAACUACUUUUGUCCGGGAUUGUAGCCUGCACUAAAGUCGCCGCUGUCGGGAAAUCUUAUUAAGCGUGUUAAACCUAAUUUUGGUCAACUGGUACGGGGAUGGGGGGAGGGCUUCUGAGGCUCAGCCUGUAUCUCUUACAGCAUUAAAGCCAUGGCAAUGAAACUUGCAGGAUAUAUAAGACAUUCAAACUAUUGAAAUCGUGUUACAUUGAACAAUGACUUCACAUAUAACUUAGAAAUGACGCCAUCAGUUCGGAAUAAUUUUUUAAACGUAAGACAAACGUCAAAAAGCGCAUGAAAAUUAUCAAAACCUACAACGAAAUCUAUAAUUAGCUUAAAAAGUAAAAGAUACUGUAAUAAAGCCAUUAAAUGCAAAAUGUAAAUA